UCGGAUUUCGAAACAUUUUCUCCCGUCUCCAUCUCCGCCUCACCCCAAUCCCCACACUGCCGCUUCGAAUCCAUCCAACCACCUCUCCACGGCGCCGCCAUGGAUUUCCCCAAGCGAGAGCGAGCUCUUUCCCAAGGUUCCCCGCGAAGGAGUCCCAGGGCGACGCGACCCGGAGGAGGAGCCACGGAGGCCGACGAGAACGCGAGCCCUAGGCGUCUGGUGCUGGACGGGGCCGCGUCGCCGCAGAGGAAGAAGGUGCUGGGGGAACGGAACAGCGGCGUCGACGGCGGUGGGGGCAUGGAGGCCGCCGCGUCGCCACCAGCGCCGCAGCCGAAGCCCGCGCCGAGCCCGCCGUCGCUCACGGGCCGCGGCGCGGGGGCGUACGACCCGAAGACGAACUACACCACCCCGCGGCCGGACUUCCUGCGCUACGACCCCGAGCGCCGCCGCGAGAUCCUCCUCCGGCUGGCGCGCGCGGUGGACGACGACGACGACCGCUCCAGUGCCACCUCGGGCGCCGCGGCCUCGGAGACAGCGUCGUCCCUCGUCUCGUCUGCGCGAGGGAGUGACUCCGAGGCCGAGCUCGACGACGGCGACGAGGAGGAGGAGGUGGUGGUCCCCGCACGUAGAGGCGUGUGGUCGCGGCGGCUGUUUCUUCUGCUCGUCGCCGUGGCCUGCUCGCUCUGCUACAUUUACUGUAUGAAACCCACUCCCUUCCCUGUUCAUUCAGAAGAUGGACUCGAUUUUGUUGGACCGAUUGGGAGCAUGUAUGAUGCUGGUGAUCAUGAAGUAGAUUCUCUAAGAUUGUUAGGGCCGAUUUACAUGAUGGGUCCAGAGGAUGUGCUGGAAGAAACUACAAGUCAAAUUGUGCACGGGGACAGUGAAGAUGUGGUCCAUCUGUACGACCAGAGAGCUUCUCCAAGAAAUUUGAUGGCAAUUGCAAUGAUGGGCCUAGCUGAUAUAUGCCCGAGUGUUCCUUUGGGAGACUUGACAUGCCAAAUUUGGGAUGAAAGCAUUGAGAAUUUGGAUGAUCUGAAGCAAGAUUCAGAACUGGCUGAGCAGAAAGCGACAGUGAUAAUGGGGUUCUUUGAGAAUGCUGACCGAAGUAGUAAAGUUGGUUGCUUGGGUGGAAACAUAUCACGGGAUCCCAUUGGUUCCACUUCCACCCACACAACUGACAUGGAAGAGGGCAGUUCAGGAUUAGUCCAUCAAGAGAAAGGGGAGGAUUACUCAAAUCAAUUUGUGCCGCAGUUGGUCUCCAUGGGGAAGGCAAUGGAAUCAGUGAGUGACAAGCUGGACGACAGAAAUGGUUUUGAAAGUGAGGAGUUGAAUCUUGACAUCGAACAAUGGCAGCAUGAGAACACGGCAGAAGCUGCAAGAGCAAUAUGCGCUAUGGUAAAAUUUCUGUGGUCUGCAAUGGAACCUCACUUGUUGCAGAUAUUGGCAUGCUUGUCUGUUGCAGGUUUUGUGGCGGCUAUGUUCAAGUACUUUCAAAGAUCACAGAAGAUCGCUGCACCCGCGCCACAACAUAUGCCUUCAAAGUUACUUGAUGAAGUGCCAGUGUUAGUUCCCCAUCAAGUUGCACAGUUGCCAGUGUUUCCUUCACCUCAAGCUGCGCUACUGCCUGUAUAUUCUUCACAGCAAUCUGUGCAACUGAGAGUUCCCAAACAAGACCUGUUUGUUAACCUCAAGGAUCCUGUGCAAUUGCCAUUGCCCAAGACAGAACCAUUUGUCAACCUCGAGUUUCCUGUGAUUGAUCACACGAAUCGUGAUCAGAAACUUCAACAAGGUGAUGCUGAAAAUAUGAAGACUUCACAUGGUAAUUCUCUGGAUCAUAUUGACAGCUCAAAGCCACCAGUGGUCGAACUACUCGGAGAGUUCACGUUUGCAGAUAGCUCAAGAGGAAGGUCCAUCAAAAAUUUGAAUCAGCAUGCUGGAGAUGCUGCAGUUCAGGAGCCAUCGAAAUCUUUGGGAAAGGAUGUGGACAAGAUGCAGAAGAAUUCGAGCAUUGUUCAAAGCCCUAGUGUUAGAAGAGCAAGUAAAGAGGAGAAUGCUGUAAAAGGAGAGAAGAUGGACGCAACGCCGACUCCGGUGAGACGCUCGAGCUGACUCCGCAACAAGGUGACCUCCCCCUGAGCAAGACAUGAUGCAUGCUCGUUGACGCCGGAUGCUGAUUCCUUUGGUGGUGUGGAAAGUUGUGGGGGACAGCACCUAGUUGUUACCCAAGAAUGUAAGCUUCGCUGCUGUACUUCAGGAGCUAGGAUAUACUUACCUGAAAAUGCUACAGUAAUACCUUUGGUUUUCUGGAAACAUGUGAAAUCUGUAUUGACGACUCCUAUUGAUGUGUUUGUAUUUCUUGUACUCAUGGCUACGCUUAACAGUAAAUCUGGCUAGAGGUGAUUGUAAUGAACAAAUUGGUGAUACUCAAGUUUACCCAAGUACUAAAUCGGUUGGUAUGUUGUUCGC